CUCCUCCGUUAGGAAGGCGGAGAAGGUAAGUGACGGUCGCAGGAGGGAGUUCAAAAUCGAAAGUGCAGCUCGCCUGCCGUUUUCGCGCCGUGCGACGUUUCAGUCCAUCGCAGUAUACCGUUGUAAUGUAAAUCGGCAAUCCGGCUGGCCGACCUCUAACGCUUUCUACCACGAGCUCGCUGAUUUCUCUGCGAGCCUGCCGGAUCUCGCGCCGCGACGACGGCAAAGCUCGGAUCGGUUCACGACCGAAUUCUCGCCGCCGAUCGAACGGUCCUCCAGUCUCAGGAGCGGCCGAUUUUUCUUCUCUGCGCGGUCCGUUAGCUUCGUGUGAAUAAUGCAGAAAAAAUUCAUGUUCCCGAUAUCAGGAAAAAGAAGCGAAACUGAGAAGAAUAUUUAGAUUGCAUGUGCAUCGCUUUGGACUCGUCUUGAAUGAAAAUCGAAAUCGGUGAAACACACGCGAGUGAAGAAACGCGGAGGGAAGCGCGAUGUUCGGUUGAAGAGAUCCUUCUAAGGGCCACUUUGCGAAUUCACAGAGGAUAUACUAUUUCUGACAAUCGAGAAGCUCGUUGUGAGAAUUUAUCAACACGUUGAGUGCCGUGCGGACCAUCGGUGAGCUUCGUUGGACUUUCCAUUUGACAACUCUUUGCCGUUUUGAUAACUUCGUCGGAAUCAAAUCUGGUAUGUGCGAAAUCGUAGCGCCUCUCAUGUCCUGAACUUCAGGACCUGAAGACUGGAGAUCUCAGCACAAGCAGCUCUAAGAUGACAUCUGAGUGCGUGGAAAACAAUAAGAGAAACGAUGACAAGACGUCGAUCACGGUCGAGGAGGCACGCGUUUCCAAAUUUCGGGAAGCAUUACCGCAAUGUUGCGCAGUCAGUGCUAAGAAUUUGCUUCUACUCACCUUCGGUUCAACUCUGGGAUUCUCGACUAUUCUGAUUCCAGCGUUACAAAAAGAAGAUGCGGAUAUCAAAGUUACUAUGGAAGAGCUGACAUGGAUUAGCAGCUUAAACUUAUUUCUCGUGCCAAUCGGUUGCCUCGUGAGCGGGCCACUGUCGCAAUAUCUGGGCAGGAAACGUACAAUGAUGCUGGCGAAUAUCCCAUUCGUGAUGGCUUGGCUAGUGUACUACUACUCCAGCAAUCCCGCUAUGUUGUUUGCGGCACUCGCGACGACAGGCCUGACGGGUGGCCUCCUCGAAGCGCCAGUCAUGACUUAUGUUGCUGAAGUGACGCAACCUCAUUUGCGCGGUAUGCUUUCCGCAACUUCCACAAUGGCUGUUAUCCUGGGUGUUUUCACGCAAAUGUUGAGUGGCAGUCUAGCCCACUGGAGAACCGUAGCCCUGAUCAACCUGAUUUACCCGAUUCUCUGCUUUGUUGCCCUUUGCUUUGUGCCGGAGAGUCCACACUGGCUCGCCGUCAGAGGUCGUCUCAAAGAAUCGGAACACGCUCUCUGCUGGUUACGAGGUUGGGUGAGCCCGUUGCAGGUUCAAAAGGAAUUUCAGACGCUCCGCGAGGCGGUUCAAAAGCCGGCCGACGAUACCGAUGCCAACAAGGAAGUGAUUUGGCGAUUGUACACCAAACGAACGGUUUAUCUACCCUUUAUCCUGGUCAGUACGGCCUUUUUCAUCGGUUCUUUCGGCGGCACAUCGACUCUGCAGACUUUUGCCGUCGUGAUAUUUGCAAAACUGAAGGCACCGAUUGAUAAGUACACGGCCGCUGUGUUUUUGGGCGUUGCACAGCUGAUCGGUACUAUAAUCUGCGUAAUGGUGAUACACUUUAUGGGAAAGCGCCGAUUGUCCUUCCUCUCGAUCACUGGUACCGGCCUGUGUUUCCUCAUCACUGCCAUCUAUGGUUACUUGAACGACACGGAUUACCUGGAUGGUGUCAAAUAUACCUGGAUCCCAACUACCCUCAUGAUAAGCGCCGCCUUCGCGUCACAUCUCUGCAUCAGGACACUGCCUUGGAUACUGGCGGGUGAGGUUUUUCCCGUACAGGUACGUAGCAGCGCGGUCGGCGCAGCUGGUAUGAUAGGGUACAUCUUGACGUCAAUCGCAAACAAGAGCUUCCUUUACAUGGUAAAUGGUAUGUCGCUGUCGGGCACAUUCUUCUUCUACUCUUUGAUCAACUUCUUCGGCUUGUGCUGUCUCUAUAUAAUAUUGCCCGAGACCGAGGGCAGGACGCUAAGGGAGAUCGAAGAGCAUUACGCUGGCAUACAGAACUUAAAGAACCGGCCGAGGAAAGCGCAGCAUGCCGAUAAAGAAAAAUGGGCGGCCACGAAUCCGGCAAUCGUGUAUGACGAGAAUGCCGAGAGUAAACUGUAGUCGGACAUUCACGAGUCAAACAGUAUGGAUAUCUCAUCAGACAGAUAUAAUUAUCCACGUUAUUUUUAACAGGAGAUGUAGUGAAAGCAAUACCGCAAGAAUGAGCGAUGUGUUGAAAGAUGUUAGGCUUAAUUGUUUUAUUUAUUAUUUUGUAUUAUUUCGUUAAUCGAGACGUAGAACGCGGCUGUCGUAAAACACUUCUCAAUCAUUAUCUAUUAAAAUAUAAAACAUUCAAUGUUUUAUCGAUUACAUAUUUUUUAUUGUUAUCGCUUAUGGAAACUCUUGUACCUUACGAGAAGUUUUCUACAGGCUACUGCGAGUAUAUGCUAGAUUUUAUGUAACUACGCAAUAAAGAAUCAAUUUUUACACA